ACUUUUUUCAAGCAGUUUAUUUACAGUACAUAUUUAGAGUACAUUUAUCAUUACAACACUGUAGUGAUUAGGGGUCGAUGCUUAUUGAAGUCACCAGAGGAUUAGAAUGGUCAUUUUUCUUUUUGCUUAAUUAGGACUUUUCCUAGCAAUAUCAUGAGUUCAGGUUAUUAACAAUACCUUAUAAAAGUUUUAUAAUCAUAGAUACCGAUUUCAGCACUGGCUUUAUAGCUUGUAAUUGAGAAAUAGGAAACUAGUUUUCAACUGUUACUGACUUGGAGGGGAAAUUGUCAUGAAUAAGUACUUAAGAACAUGCUUAUUAGUAGGGAGGUAGUAUAAAGAUUUACUGUGAGCUUUUCUUACUCUGUAAAGCAGUAUAGCUGAGAAGCCAUUAUAAAUUCCAUAACUACAGAAGCAGGGCAUCAUGUUUUAGUGUUCAGAAAGAUCAGGCCUGUUUAGCUGUAAUCUGUCAUGAGGUAUUCUGUGCUGAGGAGUAGAUCCUAUGGAGUACUUCAAGUAAAAAUUGCAAAAGAGGUAUUUAACAGUUAUGUGAUGGCCAUUUACAUGCACGAUUACAUACAAGGUGUUGCUGUUGAUCAUGCUGUGGGUUCAGGUCACUGGACAAUGCAGCCACUAGCUUAUGCAACCCCAUAUCACAAAACAUUUAGAGUCUCCCGUUUUUUACUGGCUGGCUUUCAGUGACAAGUAAGGACUUCAGCUGCAAGUCUGAAUUUGAUAAAUCAGCAAGGAAAAAAAAAAUACUAUAUGUGAGGCCUGUACUGCUCUUCCAAAAUUUGUGGAACUUGCUGUUCAUAACUAGCAUGUCCUAGAAGGCUCAAUGCAACUCCAUCACCCCUUGUUUAGAUUACGCAUGCUAGUUUAGCUAGGGCAGCUGCCAACAGUCCAUCCUCAUUGCACUAUAAUUCCAAAACAGCACUGUUUUUGCAAUAGCAUUUUUUUUCCUUUGGCUCAUGCAAACAACUUUCCAAUGUAGAGAUUAGAAGACUGUUUAAGAAAAGCAUCUUUAUUUGCUGCAAGACCUCUAGGAAGACCCCAAUAUGGUGGAGUCAAGUCUGCAUACAAGGGAGAAGCUACUGUGUUAACAAGGCCAAGACAAAGCAUCCACUCUGAAGUAGUUUUGAAUGCAAAAAGUCCUUUAAGACAACAAGAGUCACUGCAGCUGCAAACGAAAUAUGGUUUUAUAGUAACUGGAGAUUACUGUGGUGGUUCAGAAAGGUGGCAUUUUAUACUGUGCCAAAACCUAAUAAGUUAUAUUUUCCUAUCUUUUUCAGAUGGAACAAAUAAAGCGGGCAAAUAAAUUAUUCACUAAUGACUGUAUAUUUCUGAGGAAAACCCUGAAUAUUCCUGUUAUAUCAGAAAAACCAUUACUGUUCAAUGGACUUAAUUCAUUGGAGUCUCCUGAAAAUGAAACUGUUGACAGCUCCCCUUCUUGUGAUGAAGGACUAGCCACAGUUCAGGAAGACAGUAGUUCUUCUCCCAGUCCUCAAGAGCCUGACAAUCAGCCCACUGCACCAGAAGAACUAUCUGCCAAAGAUUUUCUACAGAGACUGGACUUGCAGAUUAAGUUAUCCAAGCAAGCAGCCAGAAAACUAAAAGAUGACACUGUCAGAGAGGAGGAGACUGAAGGUCCCUAUGCAACUUCUUCUUAUCACCAGUAGAAGACAGAUAUGACAGCCUGAAAACUUUCAAUGAAAUCAGUUCUUAAAGAACUAAAUGGUCAAUAAUUCAAAAAAAGUCUUUGGACUCAUCAUCAUGAUGUACUUUAAACAAGUCAUGAAUGGGUAAUUUCACUGACUGUGUAAUUGCACUGAAAUUAUGACCUCUUCUGCCUUCCACAGGUUAAUGUUCUUAUGCUAUAUCAACAAAGGGUUUAAGCCUUCCAAAA